AUGACCGAAAGGCCACCGGUGACUUGCCAUGUUCUUGACACGACAACAGGAAAGCCAGCUGCCGGCAUUCUAUGUACCAUCUACAAGCUAGAUUUAGUAUCUGCUGUCUCGCCAGAUGGGAACAACAUAUUUGCGGAAUCUUCUACAUCUGAAUUGAAACCACUAGCAAUGGCUCGUACCAACGAAGACGGCAGAGUUGACCAGUGGACAUUCAACCCUGAUGCCUCGCAGAGAGAGUUGUUAGGCGAUUUAGGCAUUACUAAGAAGGAUGGUGCGCCACUGGGAUGGAGCACCUUGGUUCAUGGUACUUACAAGAUCAGAUUUCAAGUUGGCAAGUACUACCACUCUAUGGGACAAGCGAAUUUUCAUCCAUUCAUCGAAAUUAUUUUCGAAGUUCAAGACUCGAGACAUUACCACAUACCACUGCUGGUGAGCAAUUACGGAUACACCACCUACAGAGGUAGCUAA